CCUGGAUACAGCAUUUUGGUUCCCAGACAGUGGUUCAUUCCGGCCACCACUUUCUCCUCCAAUAUUAAAUAAUGUAUUGUAUAGUAUCAGAAAAUGGCAGACCAUCUAAAACAGAGCUUAGUAGCAGGGCUGACAUCAAGUCCUAAGUACAUUCCCUCCUGGUACAACUACGACAAUGUCGGGUCGAAACUUCAGCAUGAAGGUUGCGAACUAAAUCAGGAUUACUAUUUGACAAGGAGUACUAUAUCUGUUCUGGAACACAGUGUACAGGAUAUCAUACUGAAUGUUCCAUACGACCUGACCUUGGUUGACCUCGGAAGCGGAAACUGUUCUAAAACUAAGAUCCUUAUAGAUGAGCUGCUGAAAAGGCAAACAGCGCUGACAUUUUAUCCGAUAGACAUUUCUGGAGAGUUUCUGUUGGAAGCAGUAAAGGAGUUGUCGGAAGAAUACGACGAUUCGCUUGUAGUCCAUCCUAUAGCUGCAGAUUACGUACAAGGAAUAGAUAAACUAAAACGUAUCGAAGGUGCUAAAUUGAUUUUGUGGAUUGGAAGCAUAAUUAACUUAUCGUAUGAUGACCAGGUGAACACGCUCAGGAUGAUCUCUACCAUCAUGACAGAUAAAUGUCGCCUAGUGUUCAGUGCUGACAUUACUCAAGACAGAAAGGCAAUCCUAAACGCCUACAAUGACAAAGAAGGGGUGAAACAACCGUUCUUCCAAUAUGCCAUUGCAAGGUUGAACAAAGAAGAAGGGAGUGAUAUCGACUUGGCGAGGUUUACGUAUGAGCUGGAUUUUAUAUCUGACAGCGACCCCCAGUACAUGAGCUAUCUGAGGGCCUACAUCCAGGCUAAGGAAACCUUACGGUACCCAAUACCUGGAUUAAAAACAGAUCUGGUGAUGGAAAAAGGAGAACGUCUUUAUUUUCACGAAGGCGCAGGAAUCAGCUGUAAAUAUACACUGGAACAGCUACGGAAUAUUGUGAAGAAAGCUGGACUCCGUCUAGAGGACACAUGGACUGAUGAACAGCAGCAUGCUGUUUUCUGUGGGUGUGCGACUGUAUAGUGAUGGCAAACAUGACACCGCCUGACGCAAUCUAAGAACAACUUAUAUAUAAAAUAUGGACGGUUUAACGUUAGCGUCUGAUUGGAUCAAAAUAAAUAUUAAUAUCCGGAGAAAAAAUAUGAAAUGGAUUUAACCGAUAUAUUUUUACAGAAGACAAAAGAGGUUUCUAGAGAAAAUAAAUAACAUAGCAGGGUUAUACAGCGGAUAAACUUUGGAACGGAUAAACGAAAUACUUCAGAUCUAAUCCUGUUACGCAUUUUUAUCCAAAACGAGUAUAUUAAACCCUGUAUAUAACUGUA